AUGAACCGACCGGAGGAAAGAUUCAACCCAUACGUAAAUAACGGAGGAACAGUCAUCGCCGCAACGUGGAACAACUACGCAGUCAUCGCCGCCGACACAAGACUAUCACAAAGAUACCUCAUACAUACCAGAUUCUCAACUAAACUAUUUAAACUGACUGAUAAAUGUAUUCUGGGAACAUCAGGAAUGCAAGCAGAUAUGCUGGCUCUACAAUCAGUACUAGAAAGACAAAUAGAGCUGUACAGAUUCACACAUAAUAGAGAACCAACAUUUAACGCAAUUGCACAAUUACUAUCAACAGUGCUGUAUGGAAGACGUUUCUUCCCCUAUUAUACCUUUAAUAUUCUAUGCGGGAUAGACGAGCAAGGAAAAGGGGUAGUAUGUGGAUAUGAUGCAGUUGGAAAUUAUAAUUAUGAAAAGUACACAGCCCAGGGCACGAGUUCUUCAUUGGUGAUAUCAGUACUGGACAAUUUGUUGAAUGGAAAUAACCAAAAAGUCAAGCCGGAAGUAAACUCGCUGGAAGAUCUUGUUAAUUUGGUUAAAAACGCAAUGGUUUCAGCAGUAGAAAGGGAUAUCUGUACAGGUAAUCACCACAGCUAG